UACACAGAUUGAGUGUUCCAGAUAACCCCCUUCCCAGUCCUGCUUGACAUCUGGCCAGCAGGCUGCAUACCUGGAUUUCCUGGGACACUGGCUGGGGUUUGAGGAAAGACCUCAGCACCCAGCUGGCUUCAGGAUGAAGCUGGCCACUGGCUUCUUGAUUUUGUGGCUCAGCCUGUGGGGUGGCCCAGCUUGGAGUGACACCAGCCCUGAUGCAGAGGAGUCCUAUUCAGACUGGGGCCUUCGGCACAUCAGGGGCAGUUUUGAAUCUGUCAACAGCUACUUCGAUUCCUUUCUGGAGCUGCUGGGAGGGAAAAAUGGAGUCUGUCAGUACAGAUGCCGAUACGGAAAGGCACCAAUGCCCAGACCCGGCUACAAGCCUCAGGAGCCCAACGGCUGCAGCUCCUAUUUCCUGGGUCUUAAGGUACCAGAAAGUAUGGAUUUGGGCAUUCCAGCAAUGACGAAGUGCUGCAACCAGCUGGACGUCUGUUAUGACACCUGUGGUGCCAACAAGUAUCGCUGUGAUGCAAAAUUCCGAUGGUGUCUCCACUCUAUCUGCUCUGAUCUGAAGCGGAGUUUGGGUUUUGUCUCCAAUGUGGAAGUAGCCUGUGAUUCUCUGGCUGAUACUGUGUUCAAUACCGUAUGGACCUUGGGCUGCCGACCUUUCAUGAAUAGCCAAAGGGCAGCCUGCAUCUGUGCAGAAGAGGAGAAAGAAGAGUUAUGAGAAAGAGGUGAUCCCUUCCUGGUUUUGAGUGAUGCCACAGCUGUCAGUCUCGGAGAUGGUAGUGUGGCAGAUGUGUCUCAUCCUUGCUUCCAAAUGUUUGGAUAACACAAAGCAAGAGAAAGGAAAUAUUGUUCUACAGCUGAAACGUGAGUCCCAUCCUUUGGGAGAACUGGAAAAAAGACAUGGAGUGAUUUGAAGACUACUCUUUAUUUUACCAAUGGUCUCCCCAACCAAGAAACGUUUGCCUGGCAAUUCAGUUCUUAAAGACUAAAAUAAAGACUAAAAUAUUGGGAUUCUCGGACUUGGUAAUUAUAUUCAUAAGUGAAAUUUUGCAGCAUCCAACCAUUUGGGAGGCAAGGACUUUCCUCUGAUUCAUGUUUCAGUUGCCAGUAAGCAUCUCACAUUUAAUAAAGUGUUCUUUUUAGGAAA